UUUCUGUCUUAUCUUUUAUUAUUUUGAUUUUAAAUGGAACAUGGUUUCGUUGACUGUCACUGUCACAUAUCAGCUCGUGAGUUUGAAGAGGAUCUGGAGGAUGUGAUCCAGAGGACCAGAGAGGCCGGGGUAAAGACUCUGAUUGCAGUUACAGAAGAAGUCGGGGAGUUUAACAGAGUUUUACAGCUGCGGCAAAGCUAUCCAGAUCUGGUGGCUCCAUGUUUCGGGAUCCAUCCGCUGCAGGGCGGUGGGGGGCCUGAGCAGUGCAGCGUGAAACCUCAGGACCUGGAUGCUGCCCUGCCACUGUUCUACGAACACAGAGAGCGUCUCGUUGCUAUUGGAGAGAUCGGUUUAGACUUCACGCCGUGGUGUGCUCCCACGCAGCAGGACAGAGACGACCAAGUGACUGUCUUCAUCAAACAGCUCCACAUCGCCAAGGAGCUGGAGCUUCCUGUGAACGUCCACUCACGAUCAGCUGCUAAAGUCACCAUAGAGACCAUGAGAGAACAAGGUAUCAGCCGCGCUCUGCUUCAUAACUUUGCGGGGAAGCCCUCGGUCGCUCUGGAAGGCGUGAAGGCCGGUUACCUGUUCUCCUUCCCACCUGCUGUCUGCAGGAACCAACAGAGAGAAAAGCUGAUCCAGCAGAUCCCACUGGAGCACAUCUGUCUGGAAACAGACUCUCCUGCACUGGGGCUCGACAAGCACGUGAGGAAUGAGCCCGCUAACAUCACUCUGUCCUGCCGGUACAUCGCUGACGUCAAAGGUCUGUCACCUCAAGCUGUUCAGAUCAUCACUGCACAGAACGCACUCAGACUCUUCCCCAGGGCCGACACACACUGUCACACACACACAUUAACACACACACAUUAACACACACACA